UAUAUGCACCUCCUCGUUCGUCCUCUUAACUAUGUCCCUCGCCGGUUGCACCAUGUCCCGUUGGAUUUGUGACUCUAACGACAUCUUCGGAGUUUUAUGGAUUUUCGUAGAAAUAUCAAGGUGGAUACUGGUGCUGCUCAAAAACCUGCGGGUGCGGUUGGCAGCACGGCUCACGCUUGCCUCUGGCGGGGCCGCCGGAACAACGGCCGGGCAACUCGCUGACCUACUUGCGAUGAUCGACGAGCACACCGCUGCGGGAACAAUGAGCGGCAAGCAGGUCGCCGAAAUCUGCUCCACGAUCGAUGCUAGCUGCCAUGACGCUAGGGAAAUUCGUUGCGAGAAAGGGAGGAGGUGGCGGCGUGGCCCCGACGUCGGCAGCACCCGCUGCUACAAGCAGUUGCAUCGGCUCGGCAAGGGCUCCUUCGGGCUUGUCGUCAAGGCGCAGCACCGCGACACCGGCCAGAUCGUCGCCCUCAAGACCAUCCACGCACGAGACGGCGCCAGGCGUCCGGAUGUUGGCGAGCUGCUGAGGGAGGCCUGCUUCAUGGUGGCGUGCCAUGGGCACCCUUUCCUGGUCGGCCUCCAUGGCGUCGCGCGCAACCCGGACACCAAGGAGUAUUGUCUCGUCAUGAAUUAUGUCGGGCCGACCCUGCACGAAACAGUGGACAGGCGCAUGGAACGACACGGCCAUGCGUUCCCGGAGGCCGAUGUGCGCCGAGUCAUGCGGCAGCUGCUGAUAGGCGCCCGGGCGAUGCACGAGCGCCGCAUCAUCCAUCGGGAUAUCAAGCCUAAAAACAUCCUCAUUGGUGACGACGACGGCGUCAAGAUCUGCGACUAUGGGGUGGCCAUGUUCACGGCCAAGGCAGAGCUGCCGUUUGCGCAGGCUGGUACGCCCUCGUACAUGGCGCCGGAGGUGCUGCUGGAGAAACCGGAAUACGACGAGCGCGUCGACCUCUGGUCGCUCGGAUGCGUCAUGGCAGAGCUGCUCUCUGGCCAGGUGCUGUUCGAGAGGGACGACAAGAUGGACCAACUCCGGAAGAUAUUCGACACGCUUGGCGUGCCGGGGAAGAGAACGUGGCAGGGCUUCAAGUCGACGCUCCUAGUCCAAGAGGUGCAGCAAUGGCGAGCGCAGCAACAAGAAGCACCGCACCAUGAUCGGCUGCGAGAGCUGUUCCCGGAGGAGGUGCUGUCGAAAGACGGAUUUCAUGUUCUGAAAGGACUCCUCAGGUGCAACCCCAGCAAGAGGCUGACGGCAGCCACAGCGCUCCGAUCUUCAUGGUUCAAAGACGAUGCCAUCAACACUCCUGAAGCUGAUAAGAUCGGUGGCACGGUGUUGGCCAGGGAGACAGUGGUGUCAUUACGUUGGGUGCUGAUCAGUGCUUGGGCAAGGUUCAGGCAGGUAAUGUUAUCCAUUGGCGCGUCAGCACUGCUCAGGCACAAGGCAUUGCCCCAGUCCGUUGCCUUGUGAAUUGUGAUCAGUGCGUAGCAGACCAGGUGGGAACAAAUCUGAAUAAAGAGAACACAAAACUAUGGGGAAAUCAGUAAUAAGCUGAGCUUCUCUGAAAUGUAAAAGGGCGAAAAGCCUAUUAUUCUAAACAAAAUUAUGGGAAAAUGCAUAAGGAGUUCCAAAUCAUGCGCUGUGCAGGUACAUGAAUUAGCCACACAAGAGGAUCCCAAAACUAGCGACAACUGUGCAAGAAUAACAAAAAAAAAAGUAGUUCGAUUCUUAGCAAAUGCACAAGAAUGUCCAAAUAAUUAUCCUCCGGGAGUGUUUAUUUGACACCUUGGUGUUUUACAAUUAGGUAGCAGUCAGUUUUUUUGGCCAGACAGGUAGCAUUCAGUUUUCCACAUAAAUAUACUAAGAUUAUAAGGCUUCUAAGACAUUGCAGUCAGUUUAAGACAUUCCAGUUCGGUGCACAGGUAACCACAAAAGGGAUGACAAAAACUCUGAAGCACAGGUUCAGAGUUUACUAAAGAAAAGCAGAGGUUAAGAAUCCAUACAAACUCUGUUUUGAAGCACAGGUUAAAAGAAGAGCACAAGUUCGGAAUCAAUACAAACUCUGAAGCAGCAGCACGCAGCAGGAAAAAACGAAAAAUCAAAAUUUGAUGGCAAGAACACCUUCAACCUACUUCUACAAAUCAGAAAUAAGAAAAAAUGAAUAUCAGAAAUGAUAUAAACCUCAAUUAUAUCACACUGUAAAUCUUCUUAAUAGAAGCCAAAAAUACCUAAGAUUCCGUGGCUUCUACGAAAAGACAAUAACUAAUAAUCUUAUGAUAAAUAGAAUGAUAUAAAGAAACGUAAGCUUGUUAAUAGAUCACUUACUCAACACACACUGACAGGGGCUUAAUCUAAGCACCACCGACACUCUGGAUGAGGAGGACAUGUUGGUGGGACAUAUCCUCGAUGAUCAGAGACAACGACCAAAUAAAACUGAGAAAAGCACGACCAUAUGCUGAUAAAAAACAAUAAAUUUGACACUGGAAAAGAACAAAGAGUCGUAGCCAAGAAAAGGGAAACAAAAUCAGUACAAUUAGGAAAAAUAACGAGUAAAAGAGAGCACCACAAGCCCAGGAACUCCUUCAUCUCUAUAGAAAAAAAGAGCAGAUGUCAGCACAAGGCUGAUACACAGGCUGACAAUUACAAAAACAGAAAACGGUGUAUGACCCAUGCCUAGGAGGGCAUAUUGACCUAUAGAGUAACAAGAAACUGAAACAUAGAGAUAAAAACUGUAAAAAUACAACAAGAAAGCAUGGCUACAGAAAAUUCAUUUGCAGGUGGCCACACGGGGAAAAAAAUAGAAUGAUUUAUCACUGAGCAGGGGGGGACAUCUCACCACAUCGACUGCAGGACCGACAAAAACAGCAAAAGUCCCCAAACCCAGCAAGUUCUAGAAAAACAGCUCAACUAUUGCUGCAUCUAUAGUGACAUAAUGCCACAGUUGCUGGGUAAAAGCUAUGCUUCUAAAAACUACUAGCAACCAAACACUUCAGUUCAUUUAAGACAUUAUUCAUACAUUGCACUAAGCCAGACAAUUAUCAAAGAUAGACAAAAAAUAUUACCGUAAGCAACAAGGCAUAUCCCAGACUUAGUCAUAGCUGUACAUGCUAUGUAAAAAAAAUACGGAAUUAAACAAAAAAACUGAUCAUAGGUAGCAGAAGUGUUCAAUAAAAAGGCUACUUAGAGAACAAUAAUAGCACACUGCAGAAAUACAAAAUCCGAGGCUCUGAGCCUGAGACACACUGACCUGGGUGAUACUGACCGACUGGACGAAGAUGCAAAUUCAGAACACUGAGAAAUUUCAGAAUCCAACAAAAUAAACAAACCAACCUUGAGAGAGAUAAUCAGAACGAGAAACAUUGAACAAGUGCUGAUUGAUCACCCUUGAUUGAACAAGCCUAUAAGUUCAAGAUUCAGGGCCAGUUCCCGGUUAGCAAACCUUUUGUGAAAGUUAACACUCCAGAACAGAUUACAUUAACUACAAUUCUACAUGCACUUGAAAGGCAGUCUGGCAAUAGUAAAAUAGUAAAUAGAAUGGCCCAAAAGGGAUAGAAUAGCAUCAGUGAGGAGCCAACAAUCAUACUGUGAUAUAAAACCACAACAUAAAGCCCGCUGAAAUAGCAAACACAAAAUUGGAUGUCUUACUAAUCAUUCAAUAUAAAUAUAAAAUAAAAAAGUUCCAAGGAAUUAAACCAUACCAUUUCCCAGUUCCAUGUUUAUGUCACUAAAUUUAUAAGGUUUCACCAUGUUUUUUUAGGAAAAUAUUUCAACAUGUUUGUAGCUACAGAGUGCACAUCUUAUCAAUUCCAGUUACUGGCUUUACCGAUUUAAAUUCUUACUAAAGUAUACAUACAAUAUUUUUGACAAUUCAUAUCACUACCAUCUAAAACAGAGAGCGACUUAUAGACUGCAGGUAAUAACUCCAAACCAGAUCCACAGUCAGUCUACCUGUGAAGAGUUUACUUCAAAGAGAUACACUAUUUAUUUAUUUUUGAACAACUGAGUAUACUGCAGAUAGAAGCUAAAGUUUCUUCAAAGAACAAUGGUGGCUGAAGAAGGUAUCAUAUUGUGACAACAGAAAACAACAUCGUCAUCAAAGGAUUAGCUUACAGUCUAUGGCAGCAACCACAACACGAUUUGGCUAAAGGACACACUUACACCGAGGGCAGCAGGCAGCACAGCCCGCUUGUCUCCAUCGCCUU